AUGGAACUCUUGAUCAUCCACGACGCUCCAUGGGUCUUUCAUGGAGUUUGGAAAGUCUUGGCUCCGAUGCUUGAUCCUGUUGUACGCUCAAAGAUCAUGUUCUCCAAGUCUAGUCAAGACUUGCUCAUGCAUGUCGAUAAACGUUACCUACUCAAAGAAGUCGGAGGAGAGUCCACCUGGAAACCAUAUCAUCGCGAUUCCUCACCUUCUCAAGAAUUAGAUCAAUCUAAGAAAGAAGAAUUAUUAAUUGAGAGAAAGGAGCUGGUAGCAAAGUACAUAGAAUUGACUAAUCAAUGGAUAGAUCAAGGUUCCACCACAGAUGCCAAAUUAAGAGGUUUUCUUGCCUUAAUGACGAAAGCUCAAGGUCUCUUACUACAUAAACUGGAGCAGGGACAUAUCUCUGAUUUCAUUGAUGAGGUAUUAGCUUUUGCUUUCUAG